AUGCCAACUAAUUCAAACGAAAGUUUGAUUUCAUCGUCAACGACAACAUUGGUCGUACCAUCAAUGAAUACGUCUAUGCUAAAUGCAACUAAUAAUAAUAGUGGACCAUCAUCGUCAUCAUCGAACACAAACCAUAUGCAAGCAUCAAUGCAGACUCGUCCUAAUUCUCCUCCGCAAGCGAUAUCACGACAAUUGAAUAAAUUAAAACGAUUCUUUAGCACUUUAUAUUAUUUUGGAUCGGAUAUAUCAAAUGAAAUAGGAGAACGUGUUCGAACAUUGAUUUUAGCUUUAAUCAAUAAUGCUCUAUCAGUUGAAGAAUUUCAUGGAAAAGUACAAGUGGCAACAAGUUUUCCAUUAAGACCAUUCGCAUUGCCAUUUUUAAAGUCAACAUUACCAUUGUUACAAUCCGACCUUUCCCAACUAGCCCGUCAAUCGAAACAAUCAUCAAGUCACUAUCUUGCACAACACGAAGAACUUAUCUUGUUACCGCGCGAUAUACUUGAAAGAAGUGCGAGCCCAUCGAUUCCGCCUGUGAAAGAACAAAUGAAUAAUGAUAAUACAAAACGAAAACUUCCCGACGACGCACAUGAACAUGACGAACGAUCGUAUUCAGGAAAACGUUCAGCGCCAAAUUUAAAUAAUAAUAAUAAUACAAAUGCGACGAAUCUUCGUUCAUUGGUUUCUUCAACUGUGACUAAAAAUGUAAUAUCAUCAACAUCGAUACGACGUGAUAUUCGAGAUAAAGAACGAACGUUUACUUCAUAUCUUCGCGAUCACGGACCGGAAACAAAAGAUAAUAGUGGAAAAGCAAUGGAAGACGAUUGGAGAAAUACUGAAAAUAUGCUUAACUGUAUUCUUGAAAUGGUUACAAAAACAAAACGAGUCUUAUUCAUGUUACAACAGAAAGAUAAUCAUCUUCGACGUCUUGUUGAAACCAAUGAUCUGGAAUGGCGACGGCGGCAUGCUGAGAUGCUAACACAAACAGAAGAUCGUAUUGUUGAAGUUCGAAGAAAAGCAGAAGAAGCUGUUCUCGAAAUAAAACGCCAAUCUAUAGUUGACUUACAGAAAGCUGUUUCACAAGCAGAACAAAAAUCCAAUGAGAUUUUACUUCGUGAACGCGAACAAUAUCAACGAUUGAAUCAAGAACUAAAAGCACAAACAUUCGAAGAAGCCUAUGCUUUACUUAAUCGACAAGAAGAUGGACCAGAACAAUGUUGGCAUUGUGCCCGUCGAGCUAUAGAAACAUGUUCUGGUUGUAAUAUAGCUCGUUAUUGUGGUCAAUAUUGUCAACAUCGUGAUUGGGAUUCACAUCAAAAAUUGUGCGGACCUGAUUUAAAACGUAAACUCAAUGAUAAUCCACAAUUAUAUCGAAGUUCUUUUACAAAAAUAGAUCUAAACAUUUCUCUAAAUAAUCAAAUCGAAACUUCAAUUAAUAAUACUAGUACAAGAACCAGUGAAACCGCAGCAGAUACGCCUUAUCUAAGUGUAUCAACUCCCAUUAUGGCGGACACGCCAACAUCGGAACAUGUGGUAUUACAUAAUGAUGAUAAAUAUGAAACGGAAGAAAGAACGACGGUGAAAACUGAGCAUACUUAG